AUGGAGAGCGACCGGGACAUGUACCGUCAGUUUCAGGACUGGUGCCUCCGGACUUAUGGAGACUCCGGAAAGACCAAAACGGUGACCCGUAAAAAAUACGACCGGAUCGUCCAGCUCUUGAACGGCUCCGAGUCGAGCUCCACGGAUAAUGCCAAAUUUAAAUUCUGGGUCAAAUCGAAAGGUUUCCAGCUCGGCCACUCGGACGAGGUCAAUGGUGGAGGUGGCAAGCAAGUGCUCUUCGUGCCGGUCAAAACCACGGAUGGAGUAGGGGUAGAUGAGAAGCUGUCUUUAAGGCGAGUAGCUGUGGUUGAAGAUUUCUUUGACAUUAUCUAUUCCAUGCAUGUGGAAACAGGGCCUAAUGGAGAACAAAUCAGAAAACAUGCUGGACAGAAGAGAACGUACAAAGCAAUUUCAGAGAGCUAUGCCUUCCUACCGAGAGAAGCGGUGACACGAUUUCUAAUGAGCUGCUCAGAGUGCCAGAAGAGAAUGCAUUUAAACCCAGAUGGAGCAGAUCAUAAAGAUAACGGGAAACCUCCUACUUUGGUGACCAGCAUGAUUGAUUACAACAUGCCAAUUACCAUGGCCUACAUGAAGCACAUGAAACUUCAACUCCUCAGCUCCCAGCAAGAUGAGGAUGAAAGUUCUAUAGAAAGUGAUGAGUUUGAUAUGAGCGAUUCCACACGCAUGUCGGCUGUGAACUCUGACCUUAGUUCUAACCUUGAAGAAAGAAUGCAGAGUCCCCAGACGGUUCCUGGUCAGCAAGAUGAUGAUUCAGCCGCCGAGAGCCUUAAUGGCAAUGAGACUGUGGGGCCUAGUUCCGUUGCUUCGGCAGGAGUACGCUGCAGGGAGAUGGAAGACACAAACAGCAAUGGCAAAACAAAUCUGGAGCAAGAUGAGCAACCUCUGAAUCUGAGUGACAGUCCCCUUUCUGCCCAGCUGACUUCAGAAUACAGAAUAGAAGAUCACAGCAGCCAUGCGAAAAACAAAUAUAAGAAUCUGCUAAUUUCUGACCUCAAGAUGGAACGAGAGGCAAGAGAAAAUGGAAGCAAGUCCCCUGCACACAGCUACUCAAGUUAUGAAUCUGGGAAGAAUGAGAGUGUAGACAGAGGUGCUGAGGACUUAUCCAUGAACAGAGGAGAUGAGGAUGAAGAUGACCACGAUGAGCAAGAAGAUUCAGAGAAAGUUAAUGAGACAGAUGGAGUAGAAGCUGAGCGACUGAAAGCUUUUAAUAUGUUUGUCAGGCUGUUUGUAGAUGAAAACUUGGACCGAAUGGUCCCAAUCUCUAAGCAGCCCAAAGAAAAGAUCCAGGCUAUCAUUGACUCAUGCAGGCGACAAUUCCCUGAGUAUCAAGAACGUGCCAGGAAACGUAUACGUACUUACCUCAAGUCCUGCAGGCGGAUGAAAAGAAGUGGUUUUGAGAUGUCUCGACCUAUUCCUUCUCACCUUACUUCAGCAGUUGCAGAGAGUAUCUUGGCCUCAGCCUGUGAGAGUGAGAGUAGAAAUGCUGCAAAGAGGAUGCGUCUGGACAGACAGCAGGGAUCUAGUCUACACCUGACUUGGUCCAGAUGUUCUCUCUUGGCAAAGGAUAAAGACGAGUCUGCUUCAGCUGACAAACAGUAUAAACAAGAGGCGGCCCAGGUCACUUAUUCAACAUCAGCUGUUUCUAGCACACAGGAGGUGUUGUAUAUCAAUGGAAACGGGACCUACAGUUACCAUAGUUACAGAGGGUUAGGAGGAGGACUGCUAAAUCUGAAUGAUGCUUCUAGUAGUGGUCCCACCGAUCUCAGCAUGAAGAGACAAUUAGCCACCAGUUCUGGGUCCUCCAGCACUUCUAGCUCCCGACCCCAGCUGAGCCCAACUGAAAUCAAUGCUGUGCGGCAGCUCGUGGCGGGAUACCGAGAAUCUGCAGCAUUUUUACUCCGCUCGGCAGAUGAACUGGAAAACCUUAUUUUACAGCAGAACUGA